ACAGUUAAGCUACUUUCCAAUACCUUAACUGUCUUAGCGGUAAUUUGAAGAAAGCCUUAGUUUGUCGUCAUACAAAAUGAAGAAAGCUGUUCAACAGAGUCGUUUCACCAGAUUUAAAAGGACUCUCUAUAAUCCAGAAAAACAUGAAAUUUUAGGGAGGACUUGCAGAGACUGGGUUUUGAUUUUCAUAUUUUACGUCGUGGCAUACACGUUCUUGGCUUUAUUCUUCGUCGGUAUGCUAUCAGUUUUUCUGUAUGGAUACGUCAGUAAAACAGUUCCAACACUCACUGGGGAACAAAGCAUUUUGAGAUUUCAGCCAGGAAUAGAACUUGCUGCAAGACCAAACUCUUUUAAUACGUUUAUCCAUGUUGCAACUUUCCAAUCCACAAUCAACCAACCGUAUAUUAAUAAAGUGAAUGAACUGUUUAGUAAAUAUGGCUCGAAAGGUGUAAAUGAAGAGUGCAGUGGACCUGGUUUGCAUCCACAGAAUCCAGAUGUCCCCUGUAGCUUUGAUCUCAGUGUUUUGGGUGAAUGUCAAUCAACUGAGAAAACUAUAUUGGAGGGAAAAUUAUGUCUUUAUUUGAAAAUAAAUCGAAUCUACGGUUGGUUACCUGAUUUGGAAGAUCCUAAAUCGAUUCCAUCACCUGCUAUCGAAUGUGGAGGUACAAAUGAAUUCGAUAAAGAAUCCCUUGGUAUUGUACGAUACUUUCCAGAACACAUAGCACCAAAUGGGAAGAAGUAUGGUGUCAUAUCAAACAAUUAUUUUCCCUAUUUAAGAAUGAAUAAUUAUCAAGCACCAUUAGUUGCUGUACAAUUCUCUAAUAUAACAAGAAAUACUGUUGUUCUAGUUGAAUGUCGUUUGGUUGGUUUAAAAAAUUCUGUCGGUGGGACAGGUUUUGAAGUUUGUGUUGACGACAAAGAUUCAGGAAAAUAAAUUACUCUCCAACAUUUUGCAAAACAUAACAUUUUUUAAAAAUCUGUUUUUACUAUUAAAGAAAAGAAAAUAAUUAUAUUGUUUGUGUGUGUUCGAUUUAUGUGUUCCUUAAUAUUUUUUUAUCUUAAGAAAACACACAUACAUCUACUUUAGCCUUUCUAGGAUAUUCUUCAGUUUAUUUCCUAUAUCUAAAAAAAUGUACUGUCUUUUGGUUCUUUCUUGCUCUUCUCAUUUACAAUUAAACCAGUCAUUCAUAGUGCUCAUUAUUCUUAUUAAUUAUAUUAUACUGUAUUAUCAAACACUAUUUAAUUUAUACUAUUACAACCAUUAAUAUUGUCACUUCUAGUUUGAAGCUUUAAUUGACUUUCCUUAUGGUUAGCUAAUUCUUCAAAAAUUACGUUUCAGGUGCCUUACGUUCUAAUUACUUUCUGACUGAAACAUUCUCUAAGUUUUCUUCUUAUUCUAUGUUUUUUUACUUUAAUAUUUUCUCAACAAAAAUGGAAGAUAACAAUAAUAAAAACAGAUUAUGAUGACAAUGAAAAGGAUACUUAUUGAAUAGUUUAUUUAUUCAUUUUAUAAUUUGAACAUAUUUAGUGUCCUUAUUAUCACUUUCAUUAUUGUUAUUAGAUUUAAUAUAUUUCUAUAACACGUAAUACAUGUUAUAUAACUACUGAAAACUUUGCUAAUUAAGUAUAUAAUAGAUUAUUAGUAGAUGUAGCCAAAAUGUAUUUACAGUAAAACAAAUAUAUUUAAUAGUAUAUUAAUAUUGUAACCAAUACUAUUGCUACCGCUAUUUUUAUUAGUACUAUUAUUACUACUACUAAUACCACUACUACUACCUAUACUUUUACUAUUAAUAUUAAUAACAUACGAUUCUUAACGUUUUGUUUAUGAAUAUAAUUUAAUUGAAAAUAUCUUAAAAAUUAAGUUAGUUUUAUUCAUAUUAGUAAAAUAGUGUUUAUAUGCAUGACUACGAUUUUGGAAUAAAGUUAAGAUUUUCAAAUUGUGUCAUUUGACUACUUGUCC